AUGUUAUCUUCUGCUGUAUUUGCUCUGGCUUCGCUAAGCACAUCUUAUGCUGCAACUAUUGUCUCCCAUUCGGCACCGUUUUCCCAAGGCGAUACUCCGGCCGUCCUUGGUGCAAAAUCGAACCUCGUCAUCGCGAACAAAGUUAUCGCUCCCGAUGGUUUCAACCGCUCUACUGUCCUUGCUGGGGGUACAUUCCCAGGUCCCAUUAUCAAAGCUACAAAGGGAGCUUCCUUCAGCAUCAACGUAAUAAACCAACUUACGGAUAGUACGAUGCACAAGACUACUAGUGUACACUUCCACGGUAUCUAUCAAAAUGGAACUAACUAUGCCGACGGAGUGUCGUUUGUUACUCAGUGUCCGGUAGCUGCCAAUGAUACUUUCACGCACAACUUCAACGUCCCCAAUCAAGCUGGUACAUUCUGGUAUCACUCUCAUCUUUCCAGCCAGACUUGCGAUGGUUUGAGAGGCCCGCUCAUCAUCUAUGACCAGAAUGAUCCACAUGCUAAAUUGUAUGACGUGGAUGAUGAAUCAACCAUCCUCACCCUGGCUGACUGGUACCACCUUCCUGCUCCUGUUUUGAAUACCAUCCUUGGUGUCAAGCCUAACACAACACUCAUCAAUGGACGCGGUCGUUAUUACGGCGGCCCAAUGACAGAUUUAUCUGUUGUGAACGUAGAGCAGGGAAAACGGUAUCGUUUCCGCCUUAUUUCCAUGGCUUGCGACCCUCUCUACACGUUUUCUAUCGAUGGCCAUAGCUUGACUGUUAUCGAAGCUGAUGGUGUUUCGACCGAGCCUUUACAAGUGGACUCUAUCGACAUCCUUGCUGGACAACGCUAUUCCUUUGUCUUGACGGCAAAUCAACCAAUCGCAAACUACUGGAUUCGCUCUCUUCCUAAUACUCCUCGGGCAACGUUCGCUGGUGGACUCAAUUCUGCCAUAUUGAGAUAUAAAGGUGCUCCAGCCGCAGAGCCGGCAACCAUUCAGGCCAUCAGCGUCGCUCCUCUUGUGGAAAGCAGUCUUCAUACCUUAAUCGAUCCAGGAGCACCAGGAAAGCCUGUUCUUGGAGCCGCGGACAUCAACAUCCACCUUCGAGUCGAUGUGCUUAAUGGUAUAUUCUCGGUCAAUAACGUUUCUUUCAUACCCCCUCCCAUUCCAGUUCUCCUGCAAAUCCUCAGCGGUGCGCGCAUCGCAACCGAAUUCCUCCCCACUGGAAGCGUUUACGUUUUAGAGCCUAAUAAAGUUGUUGAGGUGACCGUUGAGGGUAGUGAAUUUGGACCCCAUCCCAUUCACUUACACGGUCACGAUUUCGACGUCAUCAGAAGUGGUGGAAGCAACGUCACGAACUUCGUCAACCCUGUUCGUCGUGAUGUCGUUUCAACUGGCCUGCUUGGCGAAAGUGUAACCUUCCGUUUCGUUACCAACAAUGCUGGACCGUGGUUUUUGCAUUGUCACAUCGAAUGGCAUCUUGAAGCUGGCUUCGCCGUGGUCAUGGCCGAGGAUCCGUCUGGAGCUCAAAGCCAUAUUGGAUCAGCGUCCGAAUCUUGGGAGCAACUAUGUCCCAAGUACAACUCGCUCACGCCUCCUCAGCUAGGUGGACUGAUCCCUUAA